CAUGCAGAGCUCCGAGGGAGGGUCAGACACCACGACCAGCGUGGCAGCGCUGCGGACGUCAUCAUCAGCUCAGGCCCCUGUGGUACAGCCUGUUCCAGCCUCCCAGCAGAGGGUGCUGGUUCAAGCUACAGGCUCAGCUCAGAAAGGAGGACAAGCACAGCAGCUUUCAGUACCCAGGGUUCAACAAGUCUCUCAGCAGGUUCAGCAGGUGCAACAUGUCUACCCAUCCCAAGUCCAAUAUGUAGGAGAAAGCGGAGAGACUGUUUACACCAAUGGAACUAUCCGGACAGCCUACUCCUACAACCCCGAGGCCCAGUUGUACGGGCAGGGCAGCGGGGGCCCCUACUUUGACUCGCAGGCGGGUGGAGCUCAUGUCACCACGGUGGUCUCCUCUGCCAGUGGUGGGGUGGCCCCUCACGGCAUGGUGGGCAUCGCUAUGGAUGUGGGCAGCAGCCACAUAAUUUCCAGCGGAAGCACCUACCUGAUUCAUGGUGGAAGUAUGGAGGGGAGCCGCAACCACAUAUCACACUCAUCACGCUCAUCCUCCGCUAUGCUUGAAAUGGCGAUUGAAAACCUCCAAAAGUCUGAAGGAAUUGCAAGUCACAAAAGCAGCCUGCUCAACAGCCAUCUGCAGUGGCUGCUGGACAACUACGAGACAGCGGAGGGAGUGAGCCUGCCGCGCUGCUCCCUGUAUAACCAUUACCUGAGGCACUGUCAGGAGCAGAAGCUGGACCCGGUCAACGCCGCCUCCUUCGGAAAGCUCAUCCGCUCGGUCUUCAUGGGCCUGAGGACACGCCGCCUCGGCACCAGAGGCAACUCUAAGUAUCAUUACUAUGGCAUCCGGGUGAAGCCUGACUCACCGCUCAACCGGCUGCAGGAAGACACCCAGUACAUGGCCAUGAGGCAGCAGCCUGUCCACCAGAAACAAAGGUUCAAACCUCUGCAGAAGGUGGACGGUAUGUCUGACAGCCUGUGUGGGAGCUCUCAGAACUGUAGCAGCACUCCAGAGCAGUCCGUGGCUGCUCAGAGCCAACACCACCAGCAGUACAUCGAUACGUCCCACAACUUGCCUCCAUUUCCCUCUCCUGACUUGGGCACCCAGCCUCUGCCUGAGCGCAUCAACAUGAAUGAUAUCAAGAAGCUGCAGACGCUCUACAGAGAACAUUGCGAGGCCACUCUGGAUGUGGUGAUGAACCUCCAGUUUCACUACAUUGAGAAACUCUGGCAGACCUUUUGGUAUUCAACACCGCCAUCUAGUGACGGAAACACCUCCAUCUCCAACAGUGACGAUGACCUGGACGGUGUGAUCCCCAGAGAGAAGCUGCUGGCUCUGUGUAAAUAUGAACCAAUCAGACUGUGGAUGAGGAGCUGCGACCACAUCCUGUACCAGGCUCUGGUGGAGAUCCUCAUCCCUGAUGUGCUGCGUCCUGUUCCCAGCACUCUCACUCAAGCCAUCCGCAACUUCGCCAAGAGUCUGGAGACCUGGCUGACCAACGCCAUGACCAACUUCCCUCAGGAGAUCAUUCGCACCAAGGUGGCGGUGGUCAGUGCGUUCGCCCAGACCCUGAGGCGGUACACCAGUCUGAACCACCUGGCCCAGGCGGCCCGCGCCGUGCUGCAGAACACCUCCCAGAUCAACCAGAUGCUCUCCGACCUCAACCGGGUGGACUUCGCCAACGUCCAGGAGCAGGCCUCAUGGGUGUGUCAGUGUGACGAGAGUGUGGUCCAGCGCCUGGAGCAGGACUUCAAGGUGACACUGCAGCAGCAGAGCUCUCUGGACCAGUGGGCCACCUGGCUGGACAACGUGGUGUCUCAGGUCCUGAAGCCCCACCAGGGCAGCCCCAGCUUCCCCAAGGCUGCACGCCAGUUCCUGCUCAAGUGGUCCUUCUACAGCUCCAUGGUGAUCAGAGACCUGACCCUGCGGAGUGCCGCGAGUUUCGGCUCUUUCCACCUGAUCCGCCUGCUUUAUGACGAGUACAUGUUCUAUCUGGUGGAGCACCGUGUGGCGCAGGCAACCGGAGAGACUCCUAUAGCCGUCAUGGGAGAGUUGUUUUGUUCCGUUUCAUCACAGUUCAGUGACUUGACCUCCAUGAUGCCAUCACUCAUGGAAAAAGACGCGUCCUUCUCCGAUGAGAUGAGUGACCUGGGCAGUGAUGCUGACGCGUCCAGAGGGCCGACUGAGCCGGCCGUAAAGAGAGAGAGGAUCGAGCUGAGCCACCCUCUGCAGGAGAUGUGAGUCCAGAGGGGCCGGACUGAGACAUCCAGCAUCUCUGUCUGAGAGGGGGGGCCUUUAGGGGCCCUUUGGGACGCAGCGGCACCCUGCGCUUCUGCAGUUAGUGUGCAAUGUAUAUAAAGAAGAAAGUAGCAAUUUCACCUCCCCCCCCCCCUUUUACUAGCGUUUAUAAUAACGGUGGUCUUUCUACCCGGAAGAUCACCUUUUCUUUUCCGUUUGUACUCACAGGGGUGUAACACAGGUCUGAUUUUCUUUCCUUUUUUGUUGCAACUGUGAAUGACUUUGUGCAGUACCUUUUUAUCGGAUGUGUAACUUUACGCGGUGGUGUUUGUGAUUCUCCUUCUCUCUUUUUUAACCUUAAGUAGCUGUGCCAUAGUGUCAUUUGAGUGCCUUAGAUCGCUAACCUUGAAACCACCACUACAGAUGUCUAUCUGUCCCUCAGCUGUGCCUCUACCGCAGUAUGAAUGUAUCGUCUCCAAACCUCAGACAUUCAAAGCACCUUUAACAUUAUUUAGGUGUGUAUAAUCCUUGUUGCCUCUGCUGCAGCUCGCAGCACACACACACACACACACACACACUGACCCAAAGGACCUUCCCUCAGUCGCCCCCCCCCCCCCCCCCCCCCCAGCUCGGCCAGUCAGGCUCUGUAGGCCUCGUAGUGUCGCAGUAGUCAGGAAGGCAGGGAACUCAGUGUUACCUUGGCUGUGUAAGAUGUUGGUUUGUUUACCUCACUAGAUUUCUAUGCUGUUUGGCUCAGAUGACAUGAAGCAAGUAUAACAAAAAAAAAAGUUAAAAAAAUGUAGCCACUGUUGCAGUUUGUGUCUCCUUUCAUGUAAAUAGUUUAAUCCUGUGAUUGCUCCUGCGUGUUUUGUGAGGAUGCAUUCAGGGACUCAUGUGUUCAGCAGACCUGUGGCGGGGCACUCACCUGCCGCAGAGUAGGGAAGAAAUCCAGAGAGAUCCACUCAAUGGAGAAGGGAUGUUAAAACCCAAACUGGAAUCCCGUCUGUCUCGAUGAGCCUCAUUUUCUGAUUUAAAAAAAAGUGGUUGUACAUUUUAUCUAAAGAUAAAUCGAUACAGGACGGACCUGUAAAACCAAAACUCCUACCCAGAAAGAGGAUCUCUGCACACGCUCCCCACUUCAGAAACUGACCUCAUGCUGUUACUCAGAUUAAAGUCUUAUGUUGUUUUUAUUAGAUAGAGAAAUGCCGUGCGUUAUUUGGGGAGUUUGUCCAUAAUAAAUUAUAUAAAUAUAUAUAUCUUUGUAUGAUGUAGAAAGUGUGUGCUCUGCAGCCUCGCUCUCUUCACACUGUGCUCGGUUUGUCACAUUGUAUCAAAAGAAAACGCUUUGAUGUGUAAUUGACUAGAAUGGCGUGUGUGAUAAACUUGUUUCCAAUCUCAGUUUUGUCAAUGUAAUGAAAUCAAUUAUAUCUGCGGCGUUACUGCGCUGUCACGAGAUACAUUUCUAUUUAUGAGCUUUUUUGACAUCAGCUUUGUGUUUCAAUGGUUUUGGUUGAUUUAUUUCCCCCUUCGGAUGAUUUUGUUGUAGCGAUGAGAAUCCUUGAGCUUGAGUUUAUUAAGGCUUUUUGUAACUUGUGCCUGUCACAGUAAUUUGCCUUUAAGUGCUUUGGAGAAAAAGUAAUUUCUGUGUGUACUUUGUAAUGUUUUGUAAGGCUGUUUUAGAUUUUUGGCGGAGGAUUAUUUUUUAUUGAACUAGAUUCUUACAAGUAUACUGAACCCUUAUUUUUGUGCAUUUUUAAACCUGUUCUUGACUACACUUUAACUAUCUAAGGACAGAUGACGGUCUGUAAUAAACUGCAUAGUUCAGCUGUAUUUUGUACUUGGUCACAAUGUGUAAUAAAUUGGUGUAAACCAAAAA